AACUUUGGGAAGACUGCAGACGGUUUUGUAUUUAUCUUAGCAGAAAGGCUAGCAGUUCAGAUGCCUGCCAAACCUAAGGCAGCCGGAAAGGGUAGAGGGCCAGCGAAGAGGAAACUGGCGGAAGAGUUCCCCCCCGGAGAGAUUUUGACAGAUACAGCAAAGAAAUGCUGGAAAUUGGGGACACCAGUUGGACAAGGAGGUUUCGGGCUGUUAUAUCUUGCGAAUGAGAAUGCAACACAGGCUGUUGGAGCUGCUGCACCUUACGUCAUCAAAGUGGAACCGAGUGACAACGGCCCUCUCUUCACUGAGUUGAAGUUCUACAUGCGAGCUGCCAAACCGGAUCUAAUUGAGUCCUGGAGGAAAUCUCGGAAGCUAAAGUACUUAGGAGUUCCAAAAUAUUGCGGCUCCGGGCUUCACGAUAAAGGAGGGAGUAGAUACAGGUUCAUGGUCAUGGAUCGCUUUGGAACUGAUCUGCAAAAGAAAUUUGAAGAAUCGGGCAAGAAGUUCUCCCACAAGCUGGUCCUUCAGUUAGGCCUUAGACUCCUUGAUAUUCUUGAGUACAUUCAUGAACACGAGUAUGUGCAUGCUGAUAUUAAAGCAUCCAACCUCCUCCUUUCUUACAAGGACCCAAACCAGGUUUACUUAGUAGAUUAUGGACUGGCCUAUAGGUACUCACCUGAGGGAACACUGAAAGAAUACAAGGAGGACCCAAAGAGAUGUCAUGAUGGGACUAUUGAGUUCACCAGCAUUGACGCCCACAAAGGAGUAGCUCCUGCGAGAAGAGGGGAUCUGGAAAUUCUGGGUUACUGCAUGAUCCAGUGGCUCUGUGGAAGAUUACCCUGGGAAGACAAUCUCAUGGACCCAAACUACGUCAGAGACUGCAAAAUCAAGUGUAGAGAGAAUGUUGAAGAAUUCAUGAAGAAAUGUUUCUCCACUGAAAACAAACCAGAUGAAAUGGUGAGGUUUAUUGAAGAAGUCAAGUCUCUGGGUUACAACGACAAGCCAGACUACCAGAAACUGCGCAGCAUUUUACGGGACGGAUUGAAGGCAAUCGGUGCCAAAGACGAUGACAAGCUGGACUUCUCUGUGUCGGUCAACGGCGCAGGCCCGUCCUCAGUCAAGGCUCCGAAGCGAAAGAAAGAGGUGGAGAAAGAGGAGUCGGUUGAAACCGAUGGCUCCCCCGCGAAGAAGAGAAAAGCUCCUCAGAAGAAGGGAGUGAACGGUGUGAAGAUGGGCAGUCCUAAGAAGGCUGCUCCCAAGAUGCCUCGCGCUAAGAAAGCGGCUCCUACGGCGCCCAGCCCAAAUAAACCCGUGGCUGAGUCGAAACCUCCGCCUGCCAAGAGAGGCAGAGGCAGACCUAAGAAAAACUCCUGA